AUGGUUCAAGCUGCCGAAACAAUCGAGAGGAGAUACUUGCAAGUUGGACCACUCCAAGUCCAGGCAAUCAACACCCAACCUGGACUCAUUAUUGGCUUCACCGAGCAGGAUGCCGAGGACGUCGAUUUUCCGCAUGACGACACAUUGGUGGUAUCUGUCCAACUAGCUUACGUUAUAGUCGAAAAAAUGAUGGCUAACAAUGGAAGUGCAGUCAACCUACUUCAGCUCUCAGCAAUUCAGAAGAUGGGCCUGGAAAGCACAAUCAUACGCAAAACGGAGGUACUUACCAAACUCAACGGGCAUAUCUCGAAUGCCAUCAACCACAUCACACUUGAUGUGAAAACAUCGCCAGUUGUCUCAAAGCAGAAGUUCACGAUAGUAAGCGACCCAUCUCCUUACAAUGGGAUUCUAGGACGACCUUGGCUGAUAAAGCUGGACGCCAUCAUUUUCGUCAAAUAUCAGAAAAUUCGAUUCCGCAUCCUGGGAUAA